UUCUCCUCCACCCUCCAAUUGUUUUAUUGAUCCGCAUAAAGUUCAGUCCACGAAGAUUUUUAAUUCAAGUUUUCCAGUUUGCCUGCAAAAACGUGAACGCGUGGUCGACCAUAUUUUUCGCACUUUUCACGUAUUCCGUGAAGGGGAUGUCCUCACCAGCCUUGCUGGUAGUGUAUGCCCGGAACUUCGCAGCCAGGUGCCAGUGCCAAUACAUUUAGGAAUAGCUUUUGUGACGUCGUCCUUUCUUUUGUUCCUCGGUCGAUCCUCCACAGCUCGUGCCGGCGUGAAUUCAAUUUUCCGACAAGGCGACGCGACGGUCUGUGUUUCUGAUAAGUGUCGUGGCGCUCAUUUGUGCCCCCAAUGCUAUGAUAAUAAUCCUGGAAAGUAGCCUGUGAAGCCAAAGAGGAUGAAAAUUUCAACAGUGGUAUCGCGAGUGGAAUGUGAAUGGCGACGACGGACAUGAUGCACUUCUAAGUGAACAAGAGCCAGUCAUACCGACGCGAGGUUGGCCCACACCGAGACUUGAGUUCCCCAACCUUUCACACCAAGCAUUUGGUUCCUUUCCGCGUAAUUCAGUGUAAAUGUGAUGUCCUUCGAAUGAUUUCCCACGGAAAGAAAUUCGACGGCGCUCCGAAAAUGCAGGCCGUGAUGGCAAUAUUGUUUGGUGAAAUGAUAUAUGAAACAUGGCUGCAUUAAUACCAGUCUCACAGCCGCCAAAUGUCGAGGCAGCUUACGAGGACAUGUUUAAAGAAAUUACUCGGAAACUUUAUGGUGAGGAAACUGGGAAUGGACUCCAUACGCUUGGAACGCCCGUAGCACAUAUUGCAACAACCGGGCCUACAGCGCCGGAAGGAGAAAGAUCCUUUACAACUCUGAACAUUGGAUCAAAUCUUCUGACAUUUCAGCAACCGAUUAUUGACGCACAAACUUCAGUUGUUAGUGCCACAACAACUAAAAAAGGACUUUCUGCUUUUCAGAUGUCUGAUCGCUCCCUCACUACAACAAUCGAAUACGAUCAAAACGGUAGUGCGGAAACGUCGACGGCUAAUAACUUCAAAACCGAGGAUCAUCUCACCACGGCUUUUGGAUUGGCAGCUUUGAUGCAAAAUGGGUUUCCAACAACCGGAACAAUACUGAACACUCAAACCAUUUCAAAGCCAAAUUCUAAUGUCACUACGACCUCAACGACGUCAUCUUCCAAUACCAUUAAUGUUGUCGCCAAUGCAUCUGCGAUUAAUGCAGUCGCAACAACGGUAGAGAAUAACGAUCAACAACGAUGGGCAACUGCAACGGCCACUGGAGAAAUAAUCACAUGGCCGACCAAUGGAGGUGCUGGUGGCGGAAAGAUAGCGUCGUUUAAUGGACCACAAAAAUCAGUGAAAACCAUAAAAAGCCGAAACGUGGCCCCAACAGAACAGCAUAAUGAGGGUGCCACCGUUUACCAUACGGCGAAUAAUGCCAGUACGGUGGUUGUUCAAACGACCACUGCACCUGUGAACAACCAAACGCCAAAUAGUCGUAAGAAUAAGGUUUCGCAAAACAAUCAAACACAGGCACAACAAACGAAUCCAAAUCAGGUUCAAAUUCAGAAGCGAUACUCAUGUAGUCACUGUCCUUAUUCGACUGAUCGCCGCGAUCUAUACACAAGGCAUGAAAACAUUCACAAGGAAGAGAAACCCUUCCAAUGCUAUGCCUGCUUAAAGCAAUUCAAUCGGGCAGAUCAUGUGAAGAAGCACUUCCUGCGCAUGCAUCGGGAGCUUACCUACGACAUUAACAAAACCCGUAGAACAAUCGUCACCGAGCAGAAACCUGUAAUUUUUACACAACGCAAUAACAAUCAACCCCAAGCGCAAUCACAACCACAACAACAGCAGCAACAACGAAUUACCGCUAACUUUAUCACAACCCCACGAUCGGGAACACUCCAAGAAGCUACCAGCUUAAGCAUAGCCCAAACUAUAGAGAGCGUAGCAACUGCCCAGAUUAUCCAGACUCCCCAGUUGAAGCAAGAAAAAACAACAGGGGAUGAGAAAUCUCCAGUUAAAAUAAAACGAGAAAAGCGUUUCAGUUGCUGCUAUUGUCCUUGGACAGGUGCCGAUAAAUGGGGUUUAAAAAGGCACUUAAAUACCCAUACAAAACCAUUCGUUUGUAUGCUCUGUGAUUAUAAAGCAGCAAGAUCUGAGCGAUUAGCGACACAUGUCCUGAAAGUACACAACAAGAAAGCCUGCAAUAAAUGUUCAUUCCUAGCGGAGAACCAGGAAGAAUACCAAGCUCAUUUGAAUGAAGUGCACCCUCACGAUCAGCGACCCUCAAGGAAUAACAAUACCAAUAAUAACUCUACGAACGUGCUAAGAACAAUAGGGAAUACUCUCGUGACAACUAACAACCAAAUUAAUAACUUCCAAAACCCAACAACAUCCUUUGGCACAAUCCAGGCAACGAGUGCAGGUGUAGCCAUCUACACAACGAAUGAUCCGUCAGGUAAUGCAACUAAUACAAAUGGUAUCCAAGAGAUCAUCGUGAAUCCAUCUUCGAUGGUUGGCUGGCGACUAAGUGCUACAGGAUCUCUAAUACCGCCAACGCAUAUAACAAGCAACGAACAAAGUGGAGUUCUGACCACAAACAACUCAAACCAAAAACGCGGAGCCGAGAGGCUCUUCCAAUACUUGGAGGCAGAUGGAAGUGAUCCAGAAGACUAUACGCGUCAACUGAAAAUGGAGGCGAUAAGUCGAAAUACCGCAUCUGUCGCUCAGGAUUUUCAUAAUGCGGGAGGCGUAGUAAAAGCUCGAAAACACAACAUCAUAAACAGUCGAAAUAACUACGAGGCAAUGAUGAAAUUCAUCAAGAGUGAGGAUUUCUCCAACAAUUCUAGGUCAAUAUCUAUAAUGUUGGAUAAGAACAACCGCAGUCCGAGUCAUGUGCUGAAUUCAAAAGAUUAUCCUUCAUCAAGAAAGGAUAAAAGGGCGAUGUCAACGUUCCACGAAAAAGAAAAUGAAAAUCAAUGGCAGCACAUGAAAUCGCCUCCCGCUUAUCAAAAAUCGCUAUUUGACAUCGAUCGUCGAAAAUCCAAUGGACAACAAACAAAAGGACAUCGCCUGAACUUCCUAAGUCAACAGGAUAAGGAGAACUCCAAUUCACUAUUCACCAACAUGGAGUAUGAGAAUAACAAUGCAAGUGCACAGUUCCAGAACUAUGUCAAAGAGAUCAUCAACAAAUACUACGCAGAAGUACCAUUGCUUUGCGCUGAGCCGAGUGUGAAACCCAGUAUCCAUGCGAUUACGAACAGACUCACUAGUCGACUCAGUGAAGAAUCGAAAAAGAACGAAAUUACUAACAAUAACUAUAAAACUGCAAACGACUCGAAAAUGGACGACGAGACACGCAACUACGUCGAGUAUUUGAGCAAGAAAAAGGACAUAACAAUUACUUAUGCCAAUGGUGUACCUGCAAGUACCAACUCCACGUUAUGCCCCACUAGUGACCCUAGCAUUUCACCAUCGAAUAAUAAGAGAAAACGAAAACAGUUGAAGCCGAAGAAAAUCGUGAAACCUGAUUUCAUGACGAUAUUACGGGAUAAAUACUUGAAACGUUUAGUCGAUCCACGACUGUCAUGUUCGAAAUGCAUCAACACUUCAUUAGGACAUGAUAUGAUCCUGUUCCCAUACCAUACUGCCGGCUCCUUGACUUUGCAUCGAUUUUGGCGUCAUUCACCGCACAGCCAAAAGUGUAAACUAUGCAAUAAAGUAUUUUUCAGAGACUACAGUUAUAAAAUUCACAUGAUUUUAGAACACAAUAAGAGAAAGUGGUAUAUGCCACCUAGGAGGUUAACGAACCGGGGACACAUGUAAUCCCUUUUUCCAAUUAAGUUAAUUCAACACGGUCAUAGCUUUGUUGCCAUUCUUUAAUCCAAUUAAUUUAAAUCCUA